UCCGCAGUGUCUCCCAUCGUGUCCGGGGACUUCGGUCCCCCUCACCGGGACAGAGCUGCCAUGUCCUCCCGGGUCUCGUUCAGCCAGCUGCGGCUGGAGGCGGAAGUGGACCGGUACCGAGCCGAGUGUCAGUGGGGAAAGGUGCUGGCCGUGGUGGAGCAGAUGCACGCGGCGCGGAUCCACGAGGACGAUGAUUAUGGGAUGUUGCUGACAGCUGAGGUCCUGCUGGAGGAGUGUCUGCUGGAGAACAUGGAGCUGUUACGGAGCUCCACCCCUCUGAUGGACAAGACUCAGCCCAGACUGUCAAAGGUCAAAGGUCACCUGAACACCAUCCUGAGCAGAGGUCUCCUCACGCCCAGGUACCUGAACGAAGCUCUGCUCCUGACCGCCAAAGUCCACUACGUCCAGGCCCGGUACCGAGACGCCCAGGGGAUGUGUGCCAGGGUGGGCCUGGAGGAGCUGACUCAGGAGGACCAGCCCACCUACCACCUGCGCCUGCUGGCCGAGGCCUUCGUUAUCAAAGGUCUGUCUCUGGACCAUCAGACGGUGUCCUCUGUGUCUCGUGUCCGUCUGUCGGAGCGGGAGGAGGAGAGUCUGUCCUGUUUCCUCAGAGCCUGUGACGCAGCUCUGUCCUACCUGCAGGAGCUCGACAAGAUGGUCUCGACUCCUCACAGCAAAACUUUCAAAACCAGUUCUGGAGUCUCAGCUGUCGACGUGGACCUCGGAUACUUCCUGCAGGCGGCGCUGCAGAGUGCCUACCUCUGUCUCCUGCAGAGAGGUCAUCUUGCACAGGGGGCUCAUCAGUUGCGCCGGGUCCUAAGGGUGGUGGAGUCACGAGGGUCUCAGAGCUUUAGGAAGUGUGCAGCCAUGAAGCUGGCUCAGGUCCUGCUGGGUUCUGUCAGCGAGGACAGCUACUGGCUCCCGCUGGGACCCCCACCUGCAGCCUGGCUCGCCAGAGAGGGGGCCGCCGCCUCAAAAGAUGCCAUCUACCCCACCGUCAAACCGCCACAGCGUUACAGCACUGACGG